CCGGCUGGUCCCAUGAGUGCUGCGGCUGUCUCCAAUUUAGCAAAACUUCCGGCAUUUUAACCACUAAGUAACUCUUUCUCGCUGUGUAUUUUAUCCGACCAGUUACAGUGGUGCACUGUAUGACAGCGACUUAUUAUUUUUUGUAUAUCAACGUUAAUAUCUUCCGCUCUGUUACCGAAACUAACUUCUCCGGCUAGCGCAAGCUAACGGUAAGUUAGCUAAGCUAACCUCGUCAUGGCUCCUCUCCGGCUCCUGUGCAUUCACGGUUACCGUCAGAACGGCAGCUCGUUCCGGGAGAAGACCGGAGCUCUGCGGAAGCUGCUGAAGAAACAAGUGGAGCUCGUCUAUGUGAGCGCACCGCACAGUGUGCAGCAGGCCAGUAGUGAAGCUCAAGAGAAGGAAAACGGUUCAGAUCCUGGACCUGGAGGAGAUGAGGACCCCAGGGGUUGGUGGUUUUCUGACAUCCACGCUCGGAGCUUCAGCGCUCAGCAGCAGUGUGAGGAAAGCCUGGGGCUCGACGACAGCGUGGCGGCUGUGAGAGAAGCUGUAAAGGUCCAAGGUCCGUUCGACGGCAUCCUGGGCUUUAGUCAGGGAGCAGCUUUAGUGGCCAUGUUGUGCUCACUUCAAGAGCAAAAACUGGAGCCAGAGUUCAGCUUCCGCUUUGCCAUCCUUGUUGCUGGUUUCCGCAGCGCAUGUGAGGAGCACCAGAAAUUCUACAACCUCCCUCUCCAGAUCCCCUCCCUGCAUGUGUUUGGGCUGGAAGACCGAGUCAUCCCUGACAACAUGAGCAGGGAGCUCCUCCCCUCCUUCCAAGACCCUCACGUCCUGACACAUCCUGGUGGCCAUUUUGUUCCUGCCGCAUCUGCUCACAGACAAACCUACCAGGACUUUCUCAAGAGGUUCCAGUGAGGAACGAAAGUCACAGAAACUCAGGUGCUAAAUAAGUGAAGAGCUGUGAAUAAGACUCAAACACUUAUAUAUGGCCAAAGAAUGUUUCUUAUUUAAUGUUCAGAAAAAUGUUGUGAUACCAUAAUUGAUUCCAGAGGGACUUUGGGUAAAAAUACCAAGUUAUGAGUCAUGACCUCUGUUCUCUGCGAGCUGUAUUUUAUCUGUGAUCUGAUCCAUCCAGAACAGAACAACGACUGCUGUCCUUCUCAGGGAAGAUGUUUUCUAACAGACAAUAAAUUAAUGAACUAAUUAA